GUCAGAGGUCGCAAUUUCGUUUGACGUUUGACAGCCUAAAGACGAGAUUUUUUCGGUAAAAAUGGCAGGAAUCGUGAAGAAUAUCCGCGCUUUAAGCAAACAGACCAACUAUUUGAGGUCUUUUGCCACAAGAUCUCUCGCUGUGGGUGUAAACAACAAAAUCAACCGGCCCCAACAGAGCUUAGUUAAAAGCACCUUAUUUUUGACGUCUACACAGCCAAUGCAAAGCAGGUUCUAUUCGCCGGAAGUGACGAAAUCCAAACCCACCGAGCAGGAAAUUAAAGACAGGGUGUUGAAAGUUUGCUCGUCCUACGACAAAGUCACUGCCGACAAGCUAAAACUUGAGUCCCAUUUCAUUAAUGACUUGGGUUUGGACAGUUUGGACCAUGUUGAGGUUAUAAUGGCCAUUGAGGAUGAGUUUGGUUUUGAAAUUCCUGAUCAAGACGCCGAAAAAUUACUGAGACCUGCUGAUAUUGUUAGGUAUGUUGCCGAUAAAGAAGACAUAUACGAUUAAAGUUUUAAGAAAUUUUCUUUAAUUAAAUAUAAUGUAUAUUUCUGUCUAGUAUAAAAGCCGUUUUUUUUUGUUAAUAAAUGUAUUUAAGACUUAUAAAA